CGUUUAUAUGUAUUUCGACGGGCUUCGAGUGAUGCUAUAAGUAUAAAUAUAUGUCUUGAGAUGCAAAUAAAAAUUGAUUUAACAGGAUUUUUGUCAUUUUGCUGAUUACCUGCCUUCGUAGUAGUUUAUGAACAUCAAAGAGAUUGAAAGUAGCAAUGAACUUCAAUCCUCUGGACAAUCAAGAUGGCAUACUGAUGUAUUGUGCUCAAAGCGAAGAGGGACUUGGAGACUUCGUUGCGUUGGUAGUUAAGGAUGAACGUGUCGAAUUUCGAUACGACAUUGGUUCUGGCCUGGCGAUCAUUAGAUCAAACCAUGUUCUUCAGCCUGGUGUAUGGACGCAUGUCUCCAUCAACAGGGACUUCAAGGAGGGGAAUUUGACUAUAAAUGGAGAACCUACAAUAGGAGGCAAGUCUCCCGGGACUGCUCGCACCAUGACGCUUAAUACACUACUCUAUAUUGGAGGCGUUGAUCGCAGAAGAAUUAUAGUGAACAGAAAUGCCGGCGUAAAUGGGACUUUUCGUGGUUGCAUCAGUGAUCUUGGAGUGUCUUCGAUGAAUGUAGACAUACUAAAGUCUGCCUUGGAUUCAGUAAACAUAGAUGACUGCAAUGUUCUACAUCCUAAUCAAACCAAGUUGACUACUGUAAUCACUACUCCACCAUCCACUACGACUCCCUAUGAUCCGUGUGCCUCCAAUCCUUGCAUUCAUGGAAUGUGUCAGAAUACUGAUUCGUACGACUAUUCAUGCACCUGUGAAUACGGCUAUGUGGGAAGAAACUGUGAGAACAUUUUGAAGCAAUGCGAACUGUUACUUCCCUGUAGAAAUGGAGGCACCUGUACAGACCUCCAUGGGUCCUACAAAUGCGAUUGUCGCUUAGGCUACAAUGGACAGAAUUGUGAAAAGUUGGCGGAGAUAACUUACGAUGUUGCAUUUAGAGGAGAUGGUUGGUUAGAGUUAGAUAAAUCUGUAAUGACCCAUGAAGAAGAACGUGAAGUGUUAGGUUUUGAAAUUUCAACGAACAAGACCAGAGGACUGAUCAUGUGGCAUGGGCAGACGCCAAAUGAUCUUAAUCUUGAUCACUACAUGGCUCUUGCUGUGGUUGAUGGUUAUGUAGAGUAUCAAUACAACUUGGGUACAGGACCAGUAGUGAUUCGUGUCACUGCACAGAAGGUAGAUGAUGGAGAACGACACAGAAUAAUCUUAAAGCGCCAGGGAAGUGAUGGAAGCAUAGAAUUAAAUGGAGAACACAUGGAGAGCAGUACUAGCUAUGGAACACAGCAAGAUUUGAAUGCUAGAGGCAGCGUGUACUUAGGUGGAGUACCAGACUAUGCUAUGACUUAUGGAAAAUAUCAAGAAGGAUUUUCUGGUUGCAUUUACACCAUGGAGGUGCAAGAUUCUGGGGCCAUAGACAUUGGAGAAAAAUCUAUAAGGGGAAAGAACGUUUCACCAUGCACUAGAGCAAGAUGGAUACCCUCUUCCUUAGUAUUUACCAAUGCGGAUACGGACAUCUUCGACGCGUUUGUUCCUCCACCUCCUGUCAAUAUAAUCCACCCUAAACCAGCGGCAAAUUUGGCUGCGUACAGUAUCAAAAAUUACUCAUUGUUAAUCCUACUUCAAAAUCUGCUCGCCUUCACCAUGGAUAUCCGAGAGCAGAGCGUGCUUUUCACAGUAUUAUGCAUAGACACUAUAAACGCGAUGAAAUGUAUAUUGAGUUAAGUGUUGUUUAAUUGGAUUAGGUCUUGUUUAAGUGAAUACGUGUCCUUUCAACAAUGAUUUAAUAAUGAAGAAACACGUAUUCUCUGGUAACUUAUGGAAUUAAUCCAAUUUGUAAAUUGUUUAACGCUUCGUUAACAUUGGGGACAAGGUAAAUUAUUAACAUUUUAACAAGUAAGGAUUAUUUAAUGUUUUAAUAACCCUUUUUUCUCUUUAUUCCUUUUUGUUUUAUAGUUAUUUGGACGAUAGACUUCCAACAAGAGGCGACCUUGGAAAGAUAUGGAAGUGGUUUAUUUAAAUGAAGGGACAAUUAUAUUAUUCAGUUUGUAAAGCCUACCGCGGCAAAUGAUAUAUGUAUAAGCAGUUUUAUAUCUGUACGUGUACAGAAUAUGUUUCUGACAACAUUUUAUAACCGAAUUAACUACAUUUUA